AUGGUGUCAAUACCACACGAUGGAACAGCGGCGAAUGGCCACCAGUCGACUACUACUCCGAAUCCCAACUCGGACUCUCGUGUUUUAUCUAACAACGAUGGAGAGGCUCUGGAGGAGAGUCAAGCACCGAGCCACAGUCACGUCAUGCACACGCCUUUGACGCUUCCACAUAUCGACUCUGGAAGUGCUCGACAUCAGGCUCAGCAUCAUAUCAAUGGAUCUGAAUCAGUCGAAGGCAAGGAGAGUCAAGUUCAGGAGGGUAAUCAAAGCAGUAGCGACCAAGCUCAGGGUGCGGCAGCCAUAGCCUCAACCGCCUUAGGAAGUACAGACACCAGCCUCGAAGACAGUGCAUCCCAGCAAGAUGGUGAUGUGAGUCGUUCGCAUUUGGAAAGCCUCAACCAUUCUACAGCGUUGCAUUCAGAUGGCUCUCCAACAUCCUCAGGUGGUACGUCGUCUGGUUGUAGCUCCCAGCUGACUGGUUCUAGUGCUGGUACGGCUGCCGAUGCUGGCGCCGAUGCUGGCGCCGGUGCAGAUGCUAUUCUACUGGAUGCACCCCAUAAUGAUACAGACCUAAACCCCUCCGAGAAGAGGUCUUGGAAAAUUUCGGUGAAAUGGCUCUUACUACUUACGACUACUGACCUACUUAUCAUUGCGACAAUAAUAAGUCUCGAUAUUAUGUCACGACGCCAUUUCGGGUUUGUGGAUAUUGGAAGUGCACCCUCAUUUCUUUCGCAUGACGAAGCUGUCGAACAAGCAAUAUGGUCUCAAGGCAUUUUAUACACUGCCCUUCCAUCUUUUCUCAUGACGAUGUUUCAUACUGCUUGGAACACUGCCUUGGGGGCGUUCGUCAAAAGGCAGCCUUACGUGGAACUACGGAAAAAGACAGGUGAAAUCUCCAGGAAGACCCUCAUGUUUGAGUACACAGAGCCUUACAUCUUCUGCGUACGUUCUGCUAUUGAGAACGGGCAUCUGCUGUUGGCUGCUUGUAUGCUCUUAUCUGCGACUCUAAUCUUCUUCGUCGUACCUGUGACCGCUUUCAUGUUCACCACGAGGGAAUUUGGCCUCAAUAGCACACUCCCAAUCUCCAUCGAACGAAAUUUCAAUACCAGCAUCUUCCAAAACUCUACUAGCAUUCCUAGUUUGCGAUUCAUGGAGGCAGCUGCAGCCAUUCACAUUCAAAAUGCGAGUUGGGCUCCCUGGACGACUGAGACGUACGCGUUUCCCGCUUCUACCCCUUUGAUGGCCGUUGGAACUGGUAAUGUCACGUACAAUAGUAUCGCAUACUCAGCCGAAGCAGACUGCGUAUAUCUCGAAGAGGAUAAGUACCGGAAGCAUAUUUUGCUACCUGGAGAGACAGGCAUUCCUGCGAUCACUAUCAUGAUAAGCGCAAACGAUCGCGGUUGUCUGAUAGGGAGUUCCCUGAAUCUGGAGCUGAACUCAGAUUCACCAAGCAGAUUCAUCCAUUCCUGGACCACGACUACAUGCCCUGCACAUUCUGGGUGGAGUCGCUUCAGCUUCCUUGCAGGCCGAAUCACCCAAGAUGAACAAUUAGCGGACUUCGGUCUCAUCUCAUGCACGACUUCUUACUAUAACACGACCGGGAGUCUGACGGCGGAUUGGUUGCAGGAUCCCAUGACGGCCCCUGGCAUUAGAGACUUCCGAGCUACCAGUCGAUCUGAAUGGAAAGCCGACGCCAUAUGGUUCCCCCUUGAGUGGGGAAUGCAGGAAACUGGUUGCUAUGACCCGAUGGAGGAAAUCAGGAGUACUGAGUUUCCCCGCCAGGUGUAUCGCAUUGCCAAAACGCGAAAUUCGACCUCCCCACUACUGCCUGAAGUGAUUAUCGACGCAGCUCAAACGUUGUUUCCUACCAUGUAUGCAAUAUUUGCCACUUCCACUCUCCUACAACCCACUGACGAGCCCAUGCAACAGCUAGCCACAAUGUCUGUUCAGCGGACUAGGCUGAUUGUUGUUCCUGCUGUGGCCUACCCAGUCGUGUCAAUCCUCUGCAUUGUAUUCGGCCUGACCAUUGCUUUGUUCUUUUACGCAAAACAGGAGUCUAUCUUGACAGAAGAACCUGUUGGAAUGCUCGCAACGGCGGCCAUCUUGCACAAGAGUGCCGAUGUCUACUUGGCGAUCGCUAGAUUGCUGGUGGAUCCAAAGCUUGAACCAAGAUAUUUUCAGGAUCAAGGUGGAAUAGAACUGACGUAA